AUGGUAUCUUCCCACGUCGACUGGGCAUCAAAGCAAGAUCAAGCUCACAAGCUAGAUGUCGAACUAGAUAAUAGCCAGAUAUGGGAGAAUGAUGCCUCAAGAGCAAUACAAGUCCAAAAAAAGUUGGCUGAACUACGACAGGACUUGGCUGAAUACAAGCUAUUCACUGAUCAGGUUCAGGACAUGUCGGGAAUGCUAGAACUCGCUCGUGAGGAAGGUGAUGCUGCCUUGAUUCAAGACGUAUCUUCAGACAUUUUAUCGCUAAAGGACAAGUUACAAAAGUACUCUGUGCGUCUCCUCAUGUCAGAUCCCGAAGAUCAGAACGACUGCUUCCUAGAGUUCAAAUCCGGCGCUGGUGGCGCUGAAGCUGGCCUCUUCGCCGUCAUGCUAAUUCGAAUGUACGAACGCUGGGCCGCAUCAACAGGCAGAUUCGAAGCCACAAUCCUCGAUUCAUCUUCCACAGACCACGACGGCAUAAAAGCAGCCACUCUCCAAAUAUCAGGUCCAUAUGCAUAUGGCUGGCUCAGACACGAAGCUGGAAUACAUCGGCUAGUCCGUGUAUCCCCGCUAGACGCAAAUGGGAGACGGCAUACGUCGUUCGUGUCUGUGCUUGUAUACCCGGAUGCCUCAGUUGAUGAAUCCAGUGGUGGUGAAGAAGUGUCGGUUAAAGAUGUCAAGAUUGAAGUCAUGAGAGCGCAAGGAGCUGGAGGACAGCAUGUCAAUAAGACAGAGUCUGCGGUUAGGCUGACACAUAUACCUACUGGGAUUAUUGUUGCGUGUCAAUUCGGGCGUUCGCAACACCAAAAUCGAGCACUCGCAUUCAAGUUGCUGAAAGCCAAACUAAUGGAACGUGAAAUGAGAGCAAGGGCUCAAGUCAAAUCAGAUCUCCAUUCAGCACUACCAGACAACAAUUUCGGAUCUCAGAUCAGAUCAUAUGUUUUACAGCCAUACCAAAUGAUUAAGGAUUUGCGGACCGGGUAUGAGCAGUCUGAUAUCGAUGGUGUUUUAGAAGGAGGCGAUCUUCAGCGAGAGUUCUCUGAUGCACUUUGGUAA